GUUUGUUGCCUGGCAACUCCCAGGCCCGAGUCCCGGGCCCGGGAUGCUCUGCUCGGCCAUGGGGCCGCGGGGCUUCCCGCUGCUCCUGCUGGUGCUGCUGAGCUGCUGCGCUUCAGCGAGCACCCAGGCCGUGGCUACCCCAGUGGUGGCCACCCCGGCCCUGGCCACCCCGGCCGCGGCUACCCCGGCUGCAGCUACCCGGGCCCUGGCCACCCCGGCUGUGGCCACCCCGGCUGCAGCUACCCCGGCUGUGGCUACCCCGGCUGUGGCCACUCCUGCCGUGGCCACCCCGACCAUGACGAAGGAGGACCUCAACUCCACCGAGGCCACCCCAGCCACUCUCAAGCCCUCCUCCUCGUCGCCUAGGACCCCGGGGACUCCCAGGGCUCCGGAGCUCUCAGGCCCCAGGCCCACCCCGGUCACGGACGUUGCUGCUCUGUGCGUCUGUGACCUGCUUCCAGCCCAGUGUGACGUCAACUGCUGUUGUGACCCUGACUGCAGCACCGUGGAUUUCAGCGUCUUCUCUGCCUGCUCAGUCUCACUUGUCACGGGUGAUGGGCAGUUCUGUAGUCAGAAGGCAGCCGUCUACUCGAUGAACUUGACGGCAGACCCUCCUCACCGCGUCUUUAGACUCACUGACCAGAUCAACCCUUCCGCCUUCUGCGUCCAUAUUUCAAACUACAAGUCCGCACUGUCCUUUGCUAAUCCCGAAGUGCCCGACGAGAACAAUUUCGACAGACUGAUGCAAGCAUCAGGUGGUUUUACGCUGAGUGUCGAGUCGGAUGUUCCUUCCACGGCCCCAUCAGAUGCCCCACAGCCCACUAAAUACGAGUACGGAGUUCCUCUGCAGACUGCAGGCGCGUCUUCAGGUUCGUUUCUUAGCCUGCCCUCGCCUCUGACGUCAUCUCUGUGCACAGAUGAGAACCCUGCCGCAUUCCUGGUGAGCCAGGCCUUCGAAUGCAGCCGAAGGGUGGACAUGGAAGAGUGCGAAGGAAUGGAAGCCCUCAGCAUGGCUCAUUACAGCAGCCCUGCCAUUCUGAGGGUGCCCAAUUCAACAACACAGGUUUCCAUCAAGAUCCAGUCUGUCAUGUAUCGGUCUCUCAAUCACACGCUGACCCGGUUAGAAGGCCAUGGUGUCUUACGGCCGUCUCUGGUCAGCGCUGGGCAAGACAGACUCUGCAGCAACGUUGUCCUCGAGGUGAAGUACAGUCUGCUGUACACGGCCACAGGCCAGAUCCGGGAAGCCAGCCUCUCCCUCGUGCUGGGGACAUUCAGCAGCACAGUGACUCUCCUGCAGCAGAAGUUUGAGAUUCACUUUAUUCAGCACGGCGGCAAGCCUGUUCCUCGCAGUGGCAACCCCGGUUACAGAGUGGGACUCCCGCUGGCCGCUGGCUUCCAGCCUCAGAAUGGGUCUGGGAUUAUUCAGACAGCGAACAGACACGGCCAGUUUACCGUUCUUCGCAGCGCAGGCGCGCAGGACUGCCUUGCCAGCGAGGGCCUCCGCGACCCCGUGCUGUUUGGCUACAACGUGCAGUCUGGCUGUCAGCUCAGACUGACAGGAGCCAUCCCCUGUGGGCUCCUGGCACAGAAGAUCCAGGGCCUGUUGAGAGGCCAGGCCUUCCCCGACUACGUGGCUGCGUUUGGGAAUUCCCGGGCCCAGGACGUGCAGGACUGGGUGCCUGUGCGUUAUAUCACCCACUCCUCCAACGUGAAGGGCCCGUGCCAGCUCCCCGUGGCUCUGGGGAUAGAAGUGAAAUGGACUAAGUAUGGGUCCCUGAUGAAUCCCCAAGCCAGGAUAGUGAACGUCACUGCCCAGCUCUUCUCCAUUCCAGAGCCCCCGCCAGGGCCCGAGAGGACGGUGGUCAUCUCCACCACAGUGACGUUUGUGGAUGUGUCGGCCCCUGCGGAGGCAGGCUUCCGCGCCCCGCCCACCAUCAACGCCAGGCUGCCCUUCAGCUUCUUCUUCCCGUUUGUGUGAUGCGGGUGGGCCCUGCAGCAAGUCCAGCUGAGAAAAGGUGGUCAUGAUUCCUUCGCUGCGGGAGGAGGACGUGGAUGGGUGGCUCCGGGUCGGACGGAAGAGGCAGCGGAGCGGACGGAGAGGUGUCCCCAGCAUCCAGCGAGCGCAAGCCAAGGCAAAGAUGAGGACCGGACUUGGCAGCACACAGUUCUCUAGGGUAGAGCUUCUGGAAGGCUAGUUCCCGUCCCCAGAAGUCCGUUCUGUCUCAACAGCUUGUUGAGUCUCUCAAUUUCUUGUUCCUAUUGUAAAAGCAGACAGACACCGGGCGAUGAGCUUCUGAGCCACAUUCCCACAGGCCUGGGGCUACAGAGAGCUAAGAGCCAGUCUGUGGUAUUCUGGCUGCUGAGGGGAUCUGUCCCAGGAGGGGCCCUGGGCAGUGACACAGGAACAAGAUGCCCUGAGGAGGGACUGGGCCUGGCUCCAGGAGCCGCUGUGUAAGCCAGAAAGACUGGGAAGAGGGGGCAGCAGGCAGGGCUGUGGGCCACCGGAGCACGGGCAGUCGUGGGCUGGAGGGGACGGCAGUGGAACCGGUCCCUGAGCCUCACCUUCUCAGAGCAGCUGAAUUCCAGGUGCUGGAUCUUGGUGGCCAGUUGAAUGUUUAUCUGCUUUAACCUUAAGAUCUGCCGUUCCGAGCGUGUCUUCACCGAGAUGAUGAUGCCUGGAAGGGAGGAGAGGGUCGUGACGGUGCAACAGCUUGUUUUAACUGUGUGCGUGCGCGCAUGCGUGCGUGAGAGAGAGAGAGGGGAGGGGGGGUCCUCGUGGACAUCAGAGGACAACUGUGGGAGUCGGUUCUUUGCCUUCGUCAUGUGGAUCCUAGGGCUUGAACGCAGGUCAUCAAGCUUAGUGGCAAGUGUCUCUACUGACUGAGCCCUCUCGUCAGCCCCAAGACUUGUAUGCUAAUUCCUGUAUGUACUUGGGACUCCAGCGACAACUGUCACUGGCAGCCUCAGCCAGGAGGGCAAGAUCGCCAUUUCUUUCUUUCUUUCUUUUUUCCAAGACAGGGUUUCCCUGUGUAGUUUUGGUGCCUGCCUUGGAACUCAGUCUGUAGCCCAGGCUGUCCUCGAACUCACAGAGAUCUGCCUGCCUCUGCCUCCCAAGUGCUGGGAUUAAAGGCGUGCGCCACCACCGCCCGGUUCAAGAUUGCCAUUUCUGAGCCAGAGAGUGGGCAGUUAGGUAGUAUUUCCCUGUGGCCCCCAUGGCAGUCUCUGCAGACCCCUGUGUUCCCAUUCCCCAAGGACAGUGUCCCCAGCAGUAACUAGGAGCUGCUUGUCUUCCCUGGGCAGAGUCCAGAGUGUGGAGACGAAAAGGCCAAAAGUUAAAGCAGGGACCCCUAUGCUGGAGCUGGCCCUGACUGGUUGGCACGUGACCUGCUAACUUGGGGUGCCUUGCACACCUCCAGUGACCCACGGCUCCGGACCCCACGGCCAAUCUCAAGAAACACCAGUGCUGCCCCUCAGAUACAAACCCAGAUAAGGCCCACGAGGGCACCUGCCCCGGCUGCACCGUGAGGCUGCCAGCCCCUCAGCCAGGGCGCCCCAUCAGCAGCCCACUCACUGUGGCUGCACUGUGGUGUAUUUAAUAAACCUUUUACCUCUGUCUUUUUGAUUAA